AGGAUGAGGGAAGGGAGAGAUGCGCUGCGCGCAGCGGCCAUCUGUCUGCCCAGCGGACAGUCGAGCACUCACGCCGGUCUUAAAUGGAGACAAGUCUGGAGCUGGACGUUUUGAUAUACCCGAAUGAAGUGAGGAUCGCUACUCCGGAGGAUCUCAGGGAAUGGGAGCUUGAGACUGCGAGCCAGGUGUCCAUUCCCACCGUCCGACUCUUUGUGGCGCUCUACCCAUACAACCCCGCGGCCAUGUCUCCCAACCCCGAGACAGCUGCGGAGGAGCUACCUUUUGUGCCGGGCCAGAUCAUCAAGGUGUUCGGAGACAAAGACUCCGACGGUUUCUACCACGGGGAGUCCGGUGGUCUCUCCGGUUAUGUGCCGGGUAACAUGGUGGCUGAGAUCCCAGUGGCCGAUGAGUACCUGAAGCAUCUGCUCAUGCAGCAGGGAUUCCUCCCCGUGGACCACGCAGGUAUGUCUUUAACGCCAGAUUUGAGCGACGUAGCCAGUAUCCCUGAUGAUGUGGUCGUUCGAAGAAUGGUGGCCUUAUUUGACUAUGACCCUUGGGAAAAUUCGCCAAACAUGGACAGCGAAGUUGAACUUGGCUUUCAUUCAGGAGACAUCAUAUAUGUGUUUGGUGACAUGGAUCAAGAUGGAUUUUACUAUGGGGAUCUGCACGGACGACGAGGUUUGGUCCCAUCAAACUUCCUGCAGCAGCUAGGCUGGGAUUAGAAAAAAACGCCACGCUAGGAUGUUUGAUACAGAUGCCAAGUCUUAGACACAGUGAGAAAUAGACAGUUUUCAUUUUAAAACAUAUAGUUAAAUGGACAUUUUCUGUCCAAAUACACAUUUUUUUAUUUUUAUAUUAUGGUAUGGCACUACAACUGCCUUAGAUGAAAAAUCAGUGAUGGUCGACAUAAAUAAGAAGCUAAUUAAACAAGUAUUACCAAUAUUACCAGUAUUGAUCAGGAUGCUGCAAAGUGACAAACAGUGCGGUUUCCAGAUAAUUCAUUUAUUGAAAUUUUUUGAAGGAAAAUUACAAAUCAUUUAGUGAAAAAAAAAAAUACAGAAAAUUACAAAU